AUUCCUAUUGUCAGAUGGAUUAUUAAAAUUGCACCACCCACCCGUGAACCUCCGCCUUUCUGAACCUUUCGAAAUCAAUAAUCUUGGCAAAUCAUCUUGACCAUGGCGGAACAUAAAGAAAAGAAAAGAAAGCGUGGUGAGGACGGAGGUCAACGGCCAAAGAAGAAGGUGGCCGUUCAAACUCCUUCUGAACCUCAACCCAACUUCAUCAAAGUCUCUUCCGUCCAAACGGCAAAAGAUUUCCCUCCAGUAAUAGCUACCUCACCUGGUCUUUGUCUUCCAGAUUCAAUGAAAUUCCAGGCGUAUACCACACCCCAGUCUACAAGUUCCAAGCGAAACAAGAAGUCCGAUUCUCGUGCACCUAAUCUUCUUUUACAUUCGUCUUCACACGGGAAGUUAGAUUAUACAGCAAAGGAAGAAGGCCCUGGUGGUCGUGAGUCGCAUCUUAAGCACUACAUCGGAGUCUUCGACCCUGAAACUGGGAAGUUGGUCGUAGUAGAAGCUAAGAAGAUGGCCGUCCGGGGUGUCGUUCGAUCACAGAAGCCACCCGAGGAUAUUUCAGAGAGAGAAGCCUCCAAGACAAUGCUAGAACUGAGAAACAACCUUGGCGAAGCGUUUGGAACCAAGAAAGCCAAAAAGGCUCUUGCUGCGAUUACUGAGAAUGCCAUUGCUCCAGAGCAGGCCAUUGCCGAUGCCGGAGGAAGCCCGCAGAAGCUCAGCUCUGCUUCCAAGGCCCUGAUGGAGUCAAUCAACGAUGUCACGAUAGGAAUGGCAUCUAAAGAGGACCUCCAAGCUCAGGUCGAUUCAGCAAAACCGGUCCCUCCAGGCAAUUUCGAUGCCACGGAAAUCCAGGAUGUAUACACGCCCGAAGGACUGAUCGGAGGCGACACAUUAAAUGCCAUCCCGGUCAGAGACUGGCAGGAGCAGCUUAAGAAAGGAGUCAACAAGACAAUGACAAGUUCAUUCGUUGCGAGCAGGCUAGUCCCCGUCGGAGAGGGUCCAAAUCCAGUUCACAGACUACGAACUCUUCGCUACCUAGACUUCCUUAUCAAAUUCGCCAAAAGUGCGAAGCCUGGGAAGGAGAGAGGUACAAAGCGAGUCCCACCAAGAGACAAAUUAAGGGAACUCUUGAGCCCAGCGCCUGAACCUGUUGUCGAGAACAUCAGACGAAAGUUCUCAUCUAACGGAGAGAUGAGAAAAUUCCAUACUGACUUGAUAUACACUUACUGCUGUGCCCUCGCGUCGAUCCUUACUAAUUAUAGCUUCGAUACGAGCCGCAUCAGAUUUGACCUCAGUCUGGACGAGAAGCAAUUCGGCCAAUAUUUCCGCGAAAUCGGUGGUAAGGUUAAAAUCGAAAAGGGUACAGAGAAAGGUACACAUGUGCAAAUGGCAACUUUGGCAUUGCCACUACAAUUCCCGAAGGUUAGAUAUCAACGCCCACGCGGACGUUGAUACAUUAAGAGAAUCAUUACGGCGCAAUCGGUCAUAGAGCUUCUUAUAACAAAAGUAAGCUUAUCGUUGCGGCGUAUGUUGGGCUACCGCUAAAGGACCUAGGCAUAGUUGCUAGAACGGACGUUGUUAGGUGGCGUUUUAGCAGUCGCUUCAUCUUUAAUUAUACGAUGGACAAUCCUUGGCAGAUCGCUCUUUUACGACUACCACCCGAUGUGUCUACUAUGGUCCAUAUCGGCUCAGUUAGAUACCCAUAGGUUUCAUGGACUCGGAAUUUAGACCUCUCAUUGUAUUCUUAGUGAUCAGACUUAGCAUGGCCGUAUAAGUCUGGCGGGGGAGCUCCUUGUUUCUUGGCAAUUGCGUCUUCAAUUUAAGACAGGCCACUAGACCUUAGACCCAGCUUGAGAAUUACGCGAUGAGCCAGGCGUCCUGUUAACUCUUGGUCUUUCACCUAGCCUCAACUAGCCCGGAAGGAUGCAAUGAAUAAAAGUACACCUGUCU